CUAAAUGUCAGUUUGAAAAUGGUGCGAAAGUGAAUGCUGAAAAAGCCGGCCUUCCUCAACAUAAAAUAAAUGAAAACGACGAAAAAAUGAAGUUUUUGUCCGACCAAAGUACAGAAUGUGUCGAUAUUGAUUUAAACUUUGGAACACAUGGCGAUGAAAGAAUAGACAAAGCUAGAGGAUCUAGUACAUUUGGCCUUAAACCAAAAUCUCAAGGCCGUAUUUGCAAAGACCCGAAAGUACAAUUAAACGAAAACAAGCCAAUGGUUAGUUCAAUGCAAGAUGAGAGCCACAGAGAACAUAAUUUACCGGAUCCAAAUUACUUCACAACUGCUCAAAACGAGGAAUUCGAGAAAAAUGGAGAACAACCCGGCAAAGGAGUAAUUAAAUCAGUUUAUGACAUAUUGUCAAAUUCAUUUCUUCGAACCAUAGGUGAUAUUACGGUUGAAAAGCCAAACACUUUUUAGUAACGAGAAGCCUAAGUACACAGCGACGGUUUAUGAAUAAAUAUUACUUAACCAUGAAAAGACCUGCUGUCUUAUAUUACGUAAUUAAUUGAUUAUCUUCCCAAUUUAAAAUUUAAAAUAUAAACACACACUAUCAAAACAAAACAAGAGUCUUGUGUGGUAACUAUUGUUUAUUUUUCAUAAAAUAUUACAAGACGAUGUAAAGCUCUAUGACUUUUUGUAUUAAAUAUGAAACAAUUAAUAUGAAAAUACUUAAAACAAGUUUAAAGACACUUCUACUCAUUAACAAUUAGAAUAAUGUUAAAUUUUAUGUAGAAUUUGAAUCAGCGAUUUAACAAAUAUUUGUGCUGAGUUUACUAAGAGUUUGUUCAUAUUGAUCUACCAUUAUAUGAUAUGAGCUAAUAUCAAAUUUCGCCUGAAUUAGGGUUCUGAUUUUAUUCAAAUAUGAAUAUCUUAUUUAGCUGCAAUGUUUUAUCUCAUCUAGUAAGCAUAUGAAUUUGAAAGCUAGUUUUACAAAGUGCAACAUAAACUUGUCCAUUUUAUAUCGUUUAUGAUUGUCAGAAGGUCAAUAUUGACCAUUGUUUGUCUUUGCAGUAACGAUAACGUUUUUUACAUUUUUAAUAAAAUAAUAAUAUCUAAACAACAAAGCAAAACAAACAACACAACUUUAUAUAAAUUUCAGGUUAAGUC